AUGCUGUUCUCUGGAUAUCAUGGGUGCUGCCUGCCUGGGACUAGUGUAUACAGUAAAUACAAUGCAAGUCUGUGGGCUAGAUUUAGUACACACUAAGCUUGAUAGUGAAAGCCUUGAACUUUUUUCUCUGUGUCUACGAGACAAAAACAAUAAACCUGUAUUGAGUCAGCUUGUUUUAGAGAAAAUCCAAUUGUAAAAGUUCUGUGUUAGAGGACAAUACUUUUUUACUGGGAAUAAAGCUUCAAUAAAAGUGGCCUUGAGUGUAUUUUUAACUGCCUCCCCUAGGGACCCUGCUUGGCUACAGAGUGUGAGUUGGCUUUGCUUAUGUGAAAGCGUUGGUUUCAAACAGUGAGGAUCUUAAGGCUCCGUUGGGACACUAGACUGUCAGCAUAGUGACAGACUGUCUUUAGAAGCUCUGAAGCAAAAUGUUGAUUUUUGAGACUCACUGUUUAGGGACAGUUGGCUGUUAGUAUACAAUUCUGCUAGGAUGCUUGACUAUGUGAACAUUUGGCUGUUUUAACUGUUAACUGACAGAAAUACUGUUGACUAACUGUUAGUAUAGUUGACUGUUUGACUAGCACCGUAGUCUGUAUAGAAGAGCACAGCUGUGAACUGUUGUGAUAGUUCUGUGUUUGGAUAGUGUCUAUGUGAGUGUAUCUUAGAGGAGGCUCUGUCUGCUGGUAUUAGUAGUAUGUUGGGGCAGUUUAGUGUUUGAUAGCAUCAGGGCCAGGCGUCUUCCUGGACCUGUGUCUCUUGGCGAUGAUAAGAACAUCCUGUUAGGAACAGCUUAGUAAACACACACACAACUCUGCUCUGCUCCAUCUCAGCCAAAACCCACAGCACAUCACUGAACCAAAACCACUUAUUCUGUUCUUAUAAAUUAGUCAUCCUACUGCAUAGACUUGUUUUCUUAUUAACAUCCCUCGGGAUGUCAAGGAAUUUUUUUCUGCAUUAAUCAGAGCGAUCGUUGUUGUUUGGUUAUGAAAAUACUUAUAGGUGAUUAAAGCCUUCGAGAUGUUUUUUUCAAAGGCAUCGUUAUCAGUCAUACAUCUAAAUGUACUGUUUAGACUAGAUCAUGUUUACUGUCUGUUAUUUCGUAUCUUCUGUGUAAAUACAGUAGGUCUGAGUAAACAGGACACAUUGACACGUGAGAGUGUGUGGUACUGUCAAUAGAGUUGGCUAAUCCUGAAACAGACUGGCAAGAUUAUGAGAUUAUCAUUAUCAUCCAUCAUUGUCAUUAUCACCAGUCUUUUUUGGGAGAAUGAUUGCACUCUCUGCCAUUUCUAGUCUGGUCCUUUGGGAGGCGGCUUCAUAGUUCACUUCUCCAGAUUCUAGAGAGGAAUUUGAACUGGUAAACUCCCCACCCCCUGCUGCAGGGCUAGAUUUGAGCCCAGAAUCAUAAAGAUCAGUUUAGGACAGUGCGUCCUAAAUGGUGGACUGUGGCCAGUCCCCUUGGGUUGCAGCUGGGUUCUGCUUCCACAGUGAUUUAGAUCACUAGUUCCCAAACUUUUUCCAUCAUUGGGGAACAUCCUCACUCUCGUUCGCUCUCUCUCUUUGUCAUUCUCCAUUGUGUCUAUCUCUCUCACGAGUUGACCUAUGGUGUUUCCCAGAUGAUGCAUCAGCACCCAGUGGUAGGUCAUCAUGGCAAAAGCCUCCUGUGUCACGGCCAACUGUGGGUUUAGAAUCUGGCCAGAAAUAUAGUAUAUUUUAUCUAGUGAGACAAGAAAAUUAUUUUAUUUAGGUCAAAUUGAAAAAAAAGUUUGGUAACCGCUGCUUUCUACGAACCUGUGUGUGGCUUUAGCACGUCGUGUUGAGACAAGUUUGCGAGAAGUUUUUCAGAAUUAUUAUUAUUUUUUGUUAUUUAGCAGACGCUCUUAUCCAGAGCGACUUACAGUUAGUGAGUGCAUACAUUUUUCAUACUGCAUACAUUUUUCAGAUCUUGCUCCACUGGCUUCGGAAUGGGUACUGGAGCACUGAUAAUAUACAUAUCCUCCCAGUCUAUUGUCUAGUUUCCUCAGUAUUCAUUUAGAGGAGAAAUAAAGAAAAAGUGACAAAAAAUAAAAGUGAUUUUCUUUGAUCUAGGCCUCUUAUUUCUGGUUCAUAACCUUUUACAGUGAGGGAAAAAAGUAUUUGAUCCCCUGCUGAUUUUGUAAGUUUGCCCACUGACAAAGAAAUUAUCCGUCUAUAAUUUUAAUGGUAGGUUUAUUUGAACAGUGAGAGACAGAAUAACAACAAAAAAAUUCAGAAAAACGCAUGUCAAGAAUGUUAUAAAUUGAUUUGCAUUUUAAUGAGGGAAAUAAGUAUUUGACCCCUCUGCAAAACAUGACUUAGUACUUGGUGGCAAAACCCUUGUUGGCAAUCACAGAGGUCAGACGUUUCUUGUAGUUGGCCACCAGGUUUGCACACAUCUCAGGAGGGAUUUUGUCCCACUCCUCUUUGCAGAUCUUCUCCAAGUCAUUAAGGUUUCGAGGCUGACGUUUGGCAACUGAACCUUCAGCUCCCUCCACAGAUUUUCUAUGGGAUUAAAGUCUGGAGACUGGCUAGGCCACUCCAGGACCUUCAUGUGCUUCUUCUUGAGCCACUCCUUUGUUGCCUUGACCGUGUGUUUUGGGUCAUUGUCAUGCUGGAAUACCCAUCCACAACCCAUUUUCAAUGCCCUGGCUGAGGGAAGGAGGUUCUCACCCAAGAUUUGACGGUACAUGGCUCCGUCCAUCGUCCCUUUGAUGCGGUGAAGUUGUCCUGUCCCCUUAGCAGAAAAACACCCCCAAAGCAUAAUGUUUCCACCUCCAUGUUUGACGGUUGGGAUGGUGUUCUUGGGGUCAUAGGCAGCAUUCCUCCUCCUCCAAACACGGCGAGUUGAGUUGAUGCCAAAGAGCUCGAUUUUGGUCUCAUCUGACCACAACACUUUCACCCAGUUCUCUGAAUCAUUCAGAUGUUCAUUGGCAAACUUCAGACGGGCCUGUAUAUGUGCUUUCUUGAGCAGGGGGACCUUGCGGGCAUUGCAGGAUUUCAGUCUUUCACGGCGUAGUGUGUUACCAAUUGUUUUCUUGGUGACUAUGGUCCCAACUGCCUUGAUCAUUGACAAGAUCCUCCCGUGUAGUUCUGGGCUGGUUCCUCACCGUUCUCAUGAUCAUUGCAACUCCACGAGGUGAGAUCUCGCAUGGAGCCCCAGGCCGAGGGAGAUUGACAGUUCUUUUGUGUUUCUUCCAUUUGCGAAUAAUCGCACCAACUGUUGUCACCUUCUCACCAAGCUUCUUGGCGAUGGUCUUGUAGCCCAUUCCUGCCUUGUGUAGGUCUACAAUCUUGUCCCUGACAUCCUUGGAGAGCUCUUUGGUCUUGGCCAUGGUGGAGAGUUUGGAAUCUGAUUGAUUGAUUGCUUAUGUGGACAGGUGUCUUUUAUACAGGUAACAAGCUGAGAUUAGGAGCACUCCCUUUAAGAGUGUGCUCCUAAUCUCAGCUCGUUACCUGUAUAAAAGACACCUGGGAGCCAGAAAUCUUUCUGAUUGAGAGGGGGUCAAAUACUUAUUUCCCUCAUUAAAAUGCAAAUCAAUUUAUAACAUUUUUUUGUUGUUAUUCUGUCUCUCACUGUUCAAAAUAAACCGACCAUUAAAAUUAUACACUGAUCAUUUCUUUGUCAGUGGGCAAACGUACAAAAUCAGCAGGGGAUCAAAUACUUUUUUCCCUCACUGUACAAGGAGUUUUUCCUUGCCAUGGUUUUCUCUUGGAGGGUUUGCCUGGAUUACUAAUUUAAAUGGUUGCUGAGAACAAUAAUACUAAUAAGAUGUGAUUGGCAGUCUGUGGUGUCUUUGGCUGACCUGUCUUGUUUGUGUUUCAGGGGGGCUUUCUCUGAGGUGGUCCUAGCGGAAGAGAAGAGGACACAGAAACUGGUGGCCAUCAAAUGCAUCCCUAAGAAAGCCCUGGAGGGAAAAGAGAACAGCAUAGAAAAUGAGAUCGCUGUCCUGCACAAGUGAGUGAUACACACACACACACACACAUUUACACACCCUUGUUGCUUAUUGAUGUUAGGGGAGCAAGUGAUUUAACUCUGAGACAGAUAGUGACUACAAUUGCAGUAAUGACAGUCUGGUUAAAAUACCUCCCUUUAAAACUGUGGAAUUACGGACCAAGCCGGAAACAACGGAACUAGAGGGGCCUAAGCUAUUUAUAGUGCUCUUGUUACCUGGGUUACAUGAGACACAGAGGCCAAGUGAAUAUACAGGGAUAUUUCUAGAGCUGAGGAUGUGCGGACGAGAGAGAGAUUGUGAGUGAGAGAGAGGGAUAGACGGAAAGAAAGAGACAGACAGGAAGAGAGAGAUACAGAGAGAGACCAUCGUUUAAACUCCUAAAAGUCUAAUUAAGCCAGAAUUGUAACAUUUUCAUUGCAGAUCACCUCAUUCUUCUAUUCUUCUAGUAGUGAUUGUAUCAGUCUGUGCCUUAGGUUAGGGUCCUUCCUUGUGAUGUAGAGGUCAGGUAAUGAGCCAAUAGUGAGGAGACAAGGAGGAAAACCAUUCAUUUUAAGAGUAUUGUAACACAGCCUCCUACUCUUCCCAUUAGUGUAUUCCCAUGAGGUCAUGAACUGUCAGAGAAACCUGGAGUGAGAUGCUGAACUCUGUAUGUUUACCCAAUUACUCAAGGCAACAUGGCUGCCUCUUAAUGACGGUGUAAAACAUCUGUUAGAGGACAUCACUACUGCACCCAUGAAACAGCUUGUCUGACGACUCAAAUUUAAUUAUUCCGCUGCUCUAUGUUCGCUACAUACUUCAGUCCGAGACUGCCAUCGUUGAAGUCGUUUGUGGUGACGUCAAAAUUAGGGGUGUUGUACAAAACAAAGUAAUCAGCGAUCGGAUCAUCUCUAACCAAUCAGAGUAUCAAAGCCAAUGACACAUUUUCUAAACGCUGCUUUGUGUUAUGGGCACAGUGAUGCUGAAACGUUGGUGGUUUCUUACCCAAUAAAUUACUGGGAGUUUAUACAUAGAGUGUGCAACUCUCUUUAUUUGUUUUUAUAGCUUACAUUUUAUUCACUGUUAGUCAGCACCUCUACACUAUUUGCUUCUGGCCCAGCCCAUCUGUUUCUGGGACCAAUCAGAAUGGUUAGAGUGUGUGCGCGUUCUAGAAAUCGUUGGGGAGGUACUCAGAUCCAGACUCAUUGCAGAGAAGAAACUAAAGUCCGUGGGCAUGGCGUAGCGUUUGGCUGGAGGAACGAGUUUGGGUAACCAGGCAAUGAAACAGGACAAAGUUGCUUAGUCAUCCAGAGUCACAUCAGACAGGAUGAAGUGAACAACAGUGUAGAAUAUAGUGGGUAGUUGGUAUCAGUGUGAAGGGUUCUGGAUACAGUUAUCUGUUAACAGUUUGUAAUCAACCCCAAGCCCCUACAAACCUCUUCAUGGUCCCUCAUAUAUCUGUAACAUCACAUGGCAAAGUGUUAAUCAAGUUUAAACAAAUAAGAGGGACAGUGUCUUACUUCUUACUGAGAGAGAGAGAGAGAGAUAAGGAUAACACUUUAUAGCUGUUGAAGUGGCUGUGCUGCUAACUUCCCUUACUGUACUCUAGUUUAACCAACUGUACUGUAUGUAUCCCCCAGUCCUGCACAAAACCAUUAGUCAGCCUCUGUAUGGAGCAAUUCAUUAUCUCUGCUCACUCUUUCCACUCAAUGAAACACUUUACUGAGACCAUAAUGAAAUCGAAAGGCUUUUAUAAUCUCCCUCUUGUCUCAGUUGGAUCCCUGCCAAUGAUAAAGUGUUGUGAUUUUCCCCAGGCAGCAAUGUUUCAGACAGGGCACAGUAACACACGUGAUACAAGAUUGAUACUGCGGUGCGGUUCCAUUUUUGUUUUGGCCUCUCUCCGAGCCGUGCCAAUGUGACAAGUGUCUGUCAUCAAUGGGGUGCCUGCCGUCUGUCUGUCUGUGUCAUCAAAGGGGUCUGAUAUCGUUCUAUUUGGGCAGGUCUUCUAAAAAUGUAGUGACACUGAUGAAUGGACUAUCAGUAGCUUGAGGGGAAAGCAAUGUAUUCUACCUGCGCUGUGCCAUGAUACUUUGGUGUAGAGAGAGAGACACCUAGUGAUAGAAGAGCUACUCCGUUGUAGUCAUAGGAGGAUUUGGCAUUGUGUUAGAGCAUUGUUAGCUUUCUACCCCAUUCAUGGUUCCUACACUCAAGCUGAGCUCAAACCAAAGAUUGAAAAAUGGCUUGUGAGGAGAGACUUAGUGAGUGAGUGUGUGAAUGAGUGUGUGUGUGUGUGUGUGUGCGUGCAUGCACCUACAUGAGUGCGUGUCUGUGGGUGGGUGUGUGUGUGUAAACAAUCUUUCUCAGACAGUCUUUGAGUGUAAAGUGAAGUGUUUUAGGUGGGCGAGCACGGGGCUGAUGGGAGAAAGCCGCCUCCAGAGCCGUGACUCACCUGCUCAGUGUUCUGUUCUGUCUCCAUGCCAAUGACUCCCAGGUGGGCGUCGGAAUACACUGCUCAACCAAUUAGAAAGAUGCGUGACACCACACAGUCUGACAUCACUGGCAACACAACUCUAGCUCCAGCUUAAACUAAUAUUAGUGAUAAUUAGUAUAAUAUAUAUUGUAAUCUCUCGUAGACAGACUGUGUAACCAUAAAUGGUACCGUAGAGCUGUCAUGAUACAAUGGAAGGCGUAAGAUAACGAGCAGCAUUAGUUCUGUUGCUUUGGACAAAUCACGAUUUCGCAGGUGUUAGCAUCUUUCGAAUUUCAAAAGGGGAGGGGACAUUUGGCCUAUAGACUUGUCAUAAAUUGCAAAGAGAGGGUGGAGCUCUUCUUUCCUUCUUAACAUGCAUGUACCCAGAACUUAAUCGAGCAUCUGACCAAUUACGUGAGACUUUAGCUCUGGGUUAACCGAGAUUAUAUAUAAAGCACCUUUUUAAUAUAAAAUAAUACUUUUUUCAUAUAAAGUGCUCCCUAUGAUGUUUAUUUAGAUAGAGAAAUAAUGAGAACGAUCUCAGAGAAAAUCACAGAAUGCAAUUUUUAACGAUCACACUUUGUCAGACAGUUCUCUAUUUCUAAUGGUAAUGUACAAUGUUUGUGACUGACUCUCUCUCUCUCUCUCUCUCUCUCUAUCUCUCUCUCUAUAUUUCUCUCUCUCUCUCUUUCUCUCUCUUUCUCUCUCUCUCUCUCUCUAGGUUGAAACAUGCCAACAUUGUCUCCCUGGAGGACAUCUUUGAGAGUCAAUCCCACCUCUACCUGGUUAUGCAGCUGUGAGUGAUCAUCCUGCUGUCUUUAUUAUCUGCCUCUAUCUUCUAUCUCUCUCUAUCCUCCUUCUACCCACGUCAGCCCUUUCUGUCCCUCAACCAGCUCACUCUCUGCCUUGUGAAGAGGCAGUCUUCAGUUUGAAAACUUUCAAGAUUAUUCCUCUGCAAUGUAUGUGUGUUUGCGUGUGUGUAUUGUAAGUCGCUCUGGAUAAGAGCGUCUGCUAAAUGACGUAAAUGUAAAUGUAAAUGUAUUAGACUCCCUGUCUGUGCUGUCUCCCACGCACAGUGUCGUUCUCCAUUAAUUACUCUCUGAGCUCAGGGGCCUUUCUGUUGACUGAUCCCAACAGAAGUCAAGUCACAGACUGCCCCCCACCCACACACACACACAUACACACACACACACAGCAUUGUGCCUGCUGACAACCACUGGGGAAUGAAUGUGCGCUACACCUGCAGCCUCUCUGCCCCCCACCCAUUUCUCUUCCUGAAAUGUCGGAAGGUGUGGAGCGAGUGAGAUACAGAGAGAAAGAGUGGUGUGUGAGAGAUAGAGAUUGCUUUUACUGUUGAAAACAGUGGGUGGUGAGAUGAAAGGGGGGGGGGGGGGGGGUUCACUUUAGCAACACUGCCAUAAGGGCAGUCAGAUUUAACCAAAGAACAGUUGGGGGUUUGCACAAAUAAAAAUCCCUUUUAUCUCUCUUCCCCUCUUUCCCUCCUCCUCUCUCACUCUUUUUCUCUCUCCCCCUCUCUCCCUAUUGUCUGUCUCUCUCUCUCUCUCUCUCUCUCUCUCUAUCUCUCUCUCUCUCUGGGAGGCAGCAUGACAUGGCUUUAACUUGUUUUUAGAGCUGAAACACAGAGAGCAGUGGUGGGUACAUCUAGGAAGAAGCAAUGCCUCCACCUAGUGGUGAUGUAGGCUUAUAGACGGUUGAAGUUAGAUUGCCAUACAUAGCAGGUGUACAUCAGACGCGUUCCUCCUCUCUGUCCAGGGUGUCUGGUGGGGAGCUGUUUGACAGGAUCGUGGAGAAGGGCUUUUACACAGAGAAAGAUGCUAGCAAGCUCAUCCAGCAGAUCCUGGACGCUGUCAAAUACCUCCAUGACAUGGGCAUCGUACACCGCGACCUGAAGGUGAGCCUGGGUCAGGGGUCAAGGGUCAGGUGGUGAGUAUAACAGUGAAAGAGGAGAUUUCAGUGUUUAACACUGGAGUCAUUUACCUUCUUCUUUCUGUCCAAUGACUGAAUAGUACAAGACUGGAUGAGUGAUAGCCACUCUAUAGGAUGAAGACACCAGGUGUGCUGUGAAAAUUGCAACUUUGAAUUUCAACCAUUUUACUAUUUUGCGAUUAGAGGUUUAAGGGUGACCUUAUAAUUUAGUAUGGAAAAUGUUUGUUGCCUAGGCACAUGAUGCUUUUGUCCCAAUCGUUCUACAGUGCCUUUAAAUGAGAUAAAUUAUCUUUACUCCUCUAACGAGCUAAUUUGUUUACAGGCAGUUCAGCAGCGUAUAAACUGAUUGAUCAUUAGUUUGAAUAAUGAAUUAUUUCCCCAGUUUGUAUGUGUGUGUUUAUAAAAUGUUAGUGAACAAUAAAGUUGAUUGAAUUCUCUGUCUUCUUUUCCAGCCGGAGAACCUUCUGUACUACAGUAUGGAGGAGGACUCUAAGAUCAUGAUCAGUGACUUUGGCCUGUCAAAGAUCGAGGGAUCUGGAAGUGUCAUGUCCACAGCCUGCGGAACACCAGGAUACGUGGGUAAGGAGGACUGGUACUGAUCAGUACAUGCCUGUGUGUGUGUCUGUAUUUAUGUUUCAAGAGGAUGUGGUUUCUAUGAUUUAGGGCUCUUUUCUAUCUGUAUCACGGAAAUCCAGCAUUACAGCGUGAUUUAAAUUUAAAGGCAAUGUUCCCGCGUUAGUGGAGACUGCAUUCACGGUAAACGGUUCAAUAGUAAAUUACCUUUGCAUUUAUAGCGCUACAAUCGCUUCAGCAAUACAGAUUGAAAUGUGAAUGUAAAAUGUAAUGAAAGCACACACCCAGUGAUCAUGUCAGGCUAGAUGUGUAAUGAUGCUGAUGAAAACACUGCUCUCUUAUCGUUGGCAGCCCCUGAAGUGUUGGCCCAGAAACCCUACAGCAAGGCGGUGGACUGUUGGUCAAUCGGUGUCAUCGCCUACAUCCUGUGAGUCAUGGGGUUGGACUGGCUCUUUCACUUUAGUCUUUCUCCUACCAGUCUUACUGUGUUACACUAGUUUCCACUUCAUUGUGUUCAACAAUCAACUCAUACCAGAUUACUUCAUGGAUGCAAGUAUAAAAGCAUUACAACAGGUCCCCUAACUCUCACAUGAUGCCUUUGUGCACUUAUUCUGACGCAGGUUGUGUGGAUACCCUCCGUUCUAUGACGAGAACGACGCCAAGCUCUUUGAGCAGAUUCUGAAGGCAGAAUAUGAGUUUGACUCUCCCUACUGGGACGAUAUCUCUGACUCAGGUACAGUAGUCCUACGUUGUCAUUAUUAGUUCCAUUUGUCAGCAGUUUCAUAUUAUUGGAAGUUACUUACCUUGGUCUGGGGUUUGUUAUGGUUUGAGUCUUCCUGCCAAGCUGUCAGUGUGUGUGUAUGGGAUUAACCAUAAUACACUCACUGGCCAUAGAACAAUCACUGAGGCCCUGUGAGAUCACCAUUACUUAGAGCUCUGGGGAUCAUGGUACAGUACAUAGUCCUGUGGGGAGUUUCUGAAGUCAGUCCAAAGGCACGUGGACAGUUUAUGUAUUUUACUGUCAAGUCAGUCUGGACAGUGUUUCUGCUGCAGUGAAGUUCCUUUUACUGUAGUAUCCUAGGAGUCUAUUUCUGCGUCAGCUACCUUUUUAUUGUGUGUAAGUAGCAUCAUUAGAUAUAUCUAUGUUUUAAAAAAGGCAUUGCCUUUGGGUUAAAUAUAUUACUUUUCAUUCUGUGUUUAUAGCCAAAGACUUCAUAGUCCACUUGAUGGAGAAGGACCCCAGGAUACGCUACACAUGUGACCAGGCUCUGCAGCACCCUUGGUAGUGUACACCAUCUUCUCCUUGACAAUACACGCACACACACACAACACGACUUUAUCAUGUCCAGAAUUAUCUACUAAAUGUGUGCUUUUGCCAAGUGUUCACCUGUUCUUGUGACAACCAGCCGAAUUUGUCCCCUUAUGUCUUUCUCUGUCCCUCAGGAUCGCUGGUGACACAGCUCUAGAUAAGAACAUCCAUGAGUCUGUCAGUGCUCAGAUCAGGAAGAACUUUGCCAAGAGCAAGUGGAGGGUGAGUUACUUUUUCUGUGCAUCUGGUCCUCUUCAAAAUGCGAAUACAUUUUUGCUGGUGUACUGUGUUUAGUAUAUUAGUAGAAUACUAAAGAUCCUGCAGUAUUCAGCGGACUGUUAUUAAGUCAGUACAGCUGUUAUGGCAUUUAUCAUGUAUCACUUUUCAAAAUUCUGAUCUUAAUAUGUUCCCUCCUGCAGCAAGCGUUUAAUGCCACGGCGGUGGUGCGUCACAUGAGGCGUCUGCAGCUGGGCACCAGUCAGGAGGCCCCCAGCCAGACCACCCUGCCCAGCCCCCUCAGAGCCCACCUGCUGUUGCCCGAGGCCACAGAAACAGAGCACACCACCGGUCAGUGGGUCAAAGCACCGUCACACCACACAAGUUAGGACUAUUCAAGUGUAGCAAAACGUAUUUGAAUCUGUGGAGACACGACUUGAUAUUGUGAAUGCCCCCCUCUCUCUCUCUCUGUGUUCCAGAGUCUCCGUGUGAGGGGGGCUGCUGCCAGAGUGCUGAUGGGGGGGCGGAGCGCGACCACCUCUCCAACUGCACAUACCGCUGCCAUCCAACCAGCCGGGUCUGA